UUUUUAGUGCUGGCAAGAACGAGCCGCAUUUUUCUUCUUUCAUUUCAUCGACGGACGACGAAGCGUUCGUUCGAUCGUUUGUUCAACGUCAUCUUUUAUCCCUGUAAUGUCUUAUUUCUACGUCCCACAUGCUUAGGGGUAACCGAAUAAAGAAAAAAUCCAAGAAUCCCCGCACAAGAAGAAAAGUACGAGCGACGGCAAACGUAAAUGUGAACUCAAAAGUGCGUGAAUAAAAUAACGAGGUUCUUGUCCGUCCGGUUCGAUCUGGAUUAGAGCAGUUUGGACCGCAAGUCGGGCUCCCUUCCCCUCGUAUCCCUUUACUAGGAAGUUUAGUGGUGUGUUAUUAAGACUUUAUUUUAAUUAUAUUUGUCUAUUAGUGCGUUUUUGUGGUGUAUUAGUUAAAUAAAAGCAAUCCAAAAUGUCUGAAGAAUCGUCAGCAGAUCGUAAUGUCGAAAUAUGGAAGAUCAAGAAGCUGAUCAAGAGCUUGGAAAUGGCGAGAGGAAACGGGACCUCAAUGAUAUCCCUGAUAAUUCCGCCCAAGGAUCAGAUCUCGCGGGUGUCCAAGAUGUUGGCGGACGAGUUCGGUACUGCCUCCAACAUCAAGUCGCGAGUCAACCGGCUGUCCGUCUUGGGCGCCAUCACUUCUGUACAGCAUCGUCUCAAGCUGUAUACUAAAGUACCACCAAACGGCCUGGUCAUCUACUGCGGUACCAUCGUCACCGAAGAAGGCAAAGAAAAGAAGGUUAACAUCGAUUUCGAGCCGUUCAAGCCUAUCAAUACUUCUCUCUACCUAUGCGACAAUAAGUUUCAUACAGAAGCUCUGACGGCACUACUGGCUGACGACAAUAAGUUCGGUUUUAUCGUCAUGGACGGUAAUGGAGCGCUUUUUGGUACGCUGCAGGGUAAUACGAGGGAGGUACUCCACAAAUUCACAGUCGACCUGCCGAAAAAGCACGGUCGUGGUGGUCAGUCCGCCUUGCGUUUCGCUCGUCUGCGUAUGGAGAAACGUCACAACUACGUGCGUAAGGUCGCUGAGGUUGCCACCCAGUUGUUCAUCAGCGCCGAUCGGCCGAACGUUGCAGGCCUGAUUCUUGCCGGUUCGGCCGACUUUAAGACUGAGCUGUCGCAGUCCGAUAUGUUUGAUCCGCGUCUGCAAGCCAAGAUCAUCAAGCUAGUGGACGUAUCCUACGGCGGUGAGAACGGGUUCAACCAAGCCAUCGAGCUGGCGGCCGAGUCGCUGCAGAACGUCAAGUUUAUACAGGAGAAGAAACUCAUUGGCAGAUACUUUGAUGAGAUCUCACAGGACACAGGAAAGUACUGUUUCGGUGUAGACGACACACUGCGCGCUCUAGAGCUCGGCGCCGUCGAGACGCUCAUCUGCUGGGAGAACUUGGACAUACAGAGAUACGUGCUGAAGCUGCAUGCUACCAACCAGGAGACCAUCCUACAUCUGACCCCCGAGCAGGAGAAGGACAAGUCACAUUUCACCGACAAAGAGAGCGGCGUAGAACUGGAGCUGGUGGAAUGCCAGCCGCUGCUGGAGUGGCUCGCCAACAACUACAAGUCGUUCGGCGCCACGCUGGAGAUCAUCACCGACAAGAGUCAGGAGGGCAGCCAGUUUGUGCGCGGCUUCGGUGGUAUUGGCGGAAUUCUUCGUUACAAAGUGGAUUUUCAAUCUCUACAGCUAGACGAACCGCUGGACGAUGUAGACCUAGACGAUUAUUAAAAGAUACACGUUUCACUUAUCUCAGGAGAAAACAUAAAAAUCGCCAUUACAACACUCUCUUAGUAUAGGACUUAUUGAUUGCCGUACUUUUUCGUGUGUCGUUACGGGUGGACGCUGCGUUCUUUUUUCGAACUUCAAAAAAUAAAAAUUGUCUUCGGAUAAAAAAAA